AUGCAGUUGAAUAAAAAUACAUAUCUUCAAGCUGAAUAUCUUAAAUGCGAGGCGUCAGGGAAAGGAGCCACUGAUUGCAUCAAACUUUUCCCAGUAAAUAGUGUGAAGUACAAUCAUUGCCUCACAAAUAAAGUACACUACUUUGUGAACUUAGCACAACGAGAAUUCAAAAAAAGAAAGUUAACCUCAUCACCUGUAAUCCUUCUUCCAAGAAAUCAAGCCAUUGUUAAUGUUAAACCACCAGAAGUAUUACGUAACAUUUGUCAAUUGUAUCCACGAAAAAAGCCAAAUGGAUGUACCGAUCCAACUCCAGCUCCAGAUAAUAAAAGUGGAAACGACAACAAUAAUCAGAAAUUAGAUACAAAUAAUUCAAAUCCAGAUAACGGUACAUCUACAACAGUCAAAACAGAGGAUAGUAGCUCGACAUCAGAAACCCCGGAGCAAACAGAAGAAUCUUCUACAGAAAACAGUGAGGCUUCUAAAGAUAGCCAGACAGACGAAGAUAGAACAAAAACCUAA